AUGGACGGGCGUUGCUGCAAUUCGGAAGCAAUCGCGCUACGUUGUACCUUCCCGUCUCGAUGGCAAGGCAAAUGGUUCCAGUCAGGAGUGAUCCAGCCCAUUCUCAUUGAAGGAAACAUACUGUCUAACAAGGGACGUUGUCUGUCGUCUGAAGGGGAUAAGUUUCUCAUUGUUGAUGAGAAGGGGUGUUAUCGCUGCGUUGUGAUGCACGAAAAACACAUUAAUGUUCUUCAAUAUAAAGAAACAUUUUGCCACCGCCGGGAUGCUCUGCCUCAUCUCUGCUCCCUCAUCACAGGAGAUGCCCUUCUCUAUUCCAUGUUCAGAGAAAAUGCUGAGCCUGUCGAUUGUCCGCUAAAAGCUCCGUUUUCCUUUACAUAUAACAGAGGCCAUGGUGACUGCAAAUUUCCAGCAUCAUCCAUUGAGAGUUGUACAGAAGAUUCUAGACUAUUACUAAACUAUCAAGCGUGUCCAGACGUCUAUGGAUCAGAGAGUACAGUCGAGGAGCUGGAGUGCCUCGCUACAUGGAAGGAAGGCAGCCUCAGAUUCCUAGUGGGAAAACUCCACCACAACCACGCGACCAGCAACGAAGAUCGAUACCGCUGCUUCGUGUACGAGAAGACAAAUGGUAUUGGGUCAUCUCCUGGUCUUAAAGAAAGUCCAGUUUCUCCAGGCGGAGUGGAAUAUCGAGUUGCCCAGUCAGGAGACGCUACAUGCAAUGGUCUUUUCAGUGCCACUGAAGGUUCGAGGACUAUGGCUUUAAAAAGGGUUUCAGUGAGAUUCAAUUGUCAAUUCCCUUCCUGGAUGACGUUCUCUCAUACCUGGCACACCCUGGACUUCACGAGCAAUUACACAUUUUAUCAGCGAAACGCAACAUUGCGGAUUACAAACCAAACUGGGGCAGAGAUUAAAGUAUUUUGUGUGAAUGUUAAAGCAAGUUCGCCAAGUGGUAAUUCGGUUGCCUUGGUUGCGCACUGGCAGCAUCAUUGUGUGUCCCGCUAUGUAUGUGUGGUGUUGUAUAGACGAGAUACAUACAUAGCAGAACUGCAAAGAGGCUCUCCAACCUCAAGACCUGAUGACGCGUGCUCUCCUCAUCAUUUUAAUGCUGUUACCGCUCCGUACAUAACUUUAGUUGCGAGCAACCCCGAAUCAAAAGAGUGUCCAUACUCAGGGAAAUACACGAUAUCGAACCACAGACACCAGCGAAGCAUAUCAAACCUAAAGCAAAGGUCGAAACGUGAACAACCCAUAGACUAUAACCGUAGGAUUAAUAACACGAGGACUUUCCAUUUCAACCUGAGGAAUAUUUCGGAUAUGCCCAUACUAAGGAGUAAGAGGCAGGCCAACGAAGAAGUAAGCUGUGUCAGCAGCACCUACAAUAAGCUGGAAGUGGGCUGUAAUACUGCUAAGAAUAUGGAGUUCUAUUCCACGUGUGAUAAUAAAGAAAUUAUUACUGCAUAUACGUGCCACGGCGGUUGGUAUGAAAAUGGAGCGUCUUUCGUGGUAACGACUCCAGUGACGCGGGACAGCACGGCCGCUAGACGGUACUGCUUCGUCUCGAGGGACGCAAGAGACGGCAUGCUGUCCGUGGAGCAGAGCGCCACGAAUUGCGAGCGGGGCAUCGAACCUGAGCCUUUGUUAUUCGACGCAACAUUUACUGGAAAGUGUCAAGACGAAACCAAUAAGCAGCCUCCACAGAGGAUACCAUCACCUUACAUAAUAUUUAUAGCACCAAUUGUACUUCACUACAUUAUACCAAGAUGA